UCUUUGUCACAGAAGACCAGAUCCCUCAUGGGUUCCCCACCAUAGACAUGGGCCCCCAGCUGAAGGUGGUAGAGAGAACACGUACUGCUACGAUGCUGUGUGCAGCCAGCGGGAACCCUGACCCCGAGAUCUUCUGGUUCAAAGACUUCCUCCCCGUGGACAUCAGCAGCACCAACGGGCGCAUCAAACAGCUGCGUUCAGGUGGUACACCAAUCAGAGGAGCUCUCCAGAUUGAGAACAGCGAGGAGUCGGACCAGGGAAAGUACGAGUGCGUGGCCGUCAACAGCGCCGGGACUCGCUACUCUGCUCCAGCUAACCUUUACGUCCGAGGUAAGAUCCCUCUUGACCCGGACCCAUUGCCAUUCAG